AUGCUGGUCAAAGCCUUCAGAAUUUCCUGGCGCUCUGAUGGGCCGGCGGAAGAUGUUAUCGUAGAGAGGCCCCGCGCCAUCGCCGAAGACGCCCGAUCGGAGUCUACCUCCAAUCUACUGAGUGUGGGGAGCCAACGAUAUGUUGAGAAACAAGUCUAUUACGUAGGUGACCGCGACCUCCAACCCUGGCAGCCGCGGGUCUUUCACUGGACCGUCUUCGCUACCCUCCUCAUCACGUUCGCCACGCUCAUCACGCUCUCUGAAAUCUUCAUCCACUUCUCGAUACAUGUCCACGAUGGCUUUCCCGUACUCCCCCGUGCACUCGCAUGCAUCCCAGUCAUCGUGGCUCUUGUUCUGGGGAUGAUAUGGCACAUGCUCGAUCUUGAAUCGCGCAAGCUCUCUCCGUGGGCACCGAUGCGUCGCGAACCGCAACCGGCUUUUGCAAGCGUCCUGCUGGACUAUUUCAGCCCUGUUCUCCCCCUGCGGCUCGCGCAAGCGGUUCGCCAUCGGCAUUGGUCCGUCGUGCUAACCUCCCUCGGCCUUCCCCUCGUCGCCGCUACGAUCGUUAUCUCCACCUCCAUCUGGACCACCCACUCUACCACGCGUUUUGCCCCGGAGCAUCUUGCGAUUACAUCUACCCUGAAUACGUCCAGGUUCGACCCGACUUCGACCGAUCAGACCUACCUCCACCUCUUCCUUAGCUCCCGCUCGUCCGGUUCCGAGAUACCAUGGACGGACGCUGUCCACGCAAUUGACUCGUUCGCUCCGGUUACGCGUGUCCCGCCGCACACUCCAAUACAAGGUCUAACUAACGGAAGCCGCGCCGACCUCGUGUGCCAGGCAGCGUCAGCGAGUUACGCUGGGAAUGUGUCUAUUGCGGAUCCGCUGGAUUCAGGGAAGAAGGAUGUUAGACAACAACAACUGAUCGUGACAGCUGCGGGGUGCACUCAGACCCAUAAUUUCACGAUAACGUCUGGUCAAGUGGCCUCUGCACCUGUUCCCUUCGGAUAUGUUCUCACCCAAUCAUGUAGCAGCUCGAGCAUCAGCACGAUCCUUGUCCACGGAGCCCUGGCCGACGGCUCCCUCUCGAGCCUGUUCGCGGUGUCGUGCGCACCAACUUACAAUACCACCAUUCUACGCGUCCUCGUCGAUUCCACCACCCAAACCCUGCUCACCUCCCCUACUCAUCUCACCUCCUCUCCACUUUCUUUCCCCCAGGGGUCGUCUCUACUCGUCUCCAUGGAUUCCGCCCUCGCCUCCACGACUGCCACAUACUGGACCCACACGAACGGCACCACCCCCGUCGAUGACUCGCACUUCCUCCGUCGCCGCGAUCCAUUCACGAACUGGAACGUGACACCGCCCUUCUCGGCCAACCUGACCUACCCGGGCGACUUUACGCCUUGGUUUCACCUCCUUGGGCACGCGCUCGGGUUGACAACGUCCGACCUUACCGACGACAACGAUCUUACCCUCCAGUCCAAGACGCUCUUCGCGAUGCUCUGGCCCUCCUUCGCGCGCACUGAGCUCUUCUCUACGCCCGCGUCCGGCACGCCGCUCCAAUCCGGUUCCGUACAGCUCACGCAGAACAGGCUCUUCGCACGAACUGGGCCCCUCCGCGCCAUCGAAGCCUGCCUCGCCGCGCUCUUGAUCCUCUCGGCGGCGCUAUACCCGCUCCGGCCAGCCCCCAGGCUCCCACGCGACCCAGCCUCCCUCGCCUUCUUGCUCGGGCUGAUGCAGACCGGCGAGGACGCACGGGAGGCGAUGCGCUACACGAGCACGUUCUCGAGCGCGAUGCUGCGCGACUGCAUGACGGGCUGGCGGUUUGCCGUCCGCGGGACAUCAUCCGGCAACGUCGCGAUGAAGGCCGAAUGGGACCCGUCGGAGACAUACCACGUGGUUUCACAGCAUCGUGAGGCGGCGCCGACGUUCUGGCGUCCGCUCAUGCUGCACCCCGUAGCGACCAUUUUACUCUUGUCUGCGAUAGGUGGGAUCAUUGCCGCACUCGAAGUGACCUCCCUCGUGAGCGACCGACGCGGCGGAUUUCGCGGGACCCUCUCUCAUAACCUUUGGACGUAUGCGGUUCCCGUCAUUCUGCUUCUCCUCGGCAUCGUCGUGCUGCGCAUCGUCUUUGCCUUGUCCACUGUCGAGCCAUUCCAAGCUCUCACCAGGGACCCACUUCCAGCCAAGCGUGCUCUGGGUCCCUUCGGUUUCACCACCACGCCACUGUUCGGACUUUGGACUGGCGUUUACAGGAGACAAUUUGCGGUCGCUGUUGGUGGCCUUGGGCUGCUCUGGCUUCUAGCGUCUGGGGUACUGACUGCGCUGUUGUUCGUCGAGAAGCACCCGCAGAUCGCGCAGCAAGUGGACCUCGCGCUGAUCAACACGUUCGUGGAUGUUCCCGAGUUCUCUGCAGACCAGCAAAGGAAUGUGGCCGAGCAAUUUGUGCUUUCGGAGCUCCCCGGCACGGCUGUACAACUUCCACCAUGGACGACACGAUAUCAGGCUAUUGGCCAAGUGAACCUGAGCUCCGCUGCGAGCCAUGCGCACCCCACAACGACGUUGGUGGCACCCUUACCUGUCCUUGAGGCGGAGUUGUCGGACUGCGUCUCCGUGAACCCAGCGGAUUUCUCCAUGUCGCGCGAUGGCGUCUUCGCCGUGCCGUCUCGUCCGGGGUGCGACAUAGGCAACGCCACCCUAUUUCAACCUGGUUUUCGUGGCUGGUUCGGCGCUGCAGUCCGCGCCGACUGCGUUGGCGGCGUGAUCGGAAUGAUCGGCCGGGUCGGCGGCGACGGGUCCCUUCAGAACACGACGAUGCGCACUUUCGUAUCGUUCAGGGCAUCCAUGCAGGUGACUCUAGCGCUUGGACCGGGAGCAAACUUCACCAUCGAGCAUGUCGAUGCAUCUUCCGCCGUCGACAUCCAUGAUUACCCUUCAGUUCUCAACGAUACGAACUUUUGGCCUGCGUUCCCGACUUACAUGGACACGAAUACCAGUCACUCCUUCGAUGGCUUCAUGCAGACGAUGACGCUCUCGCAGCAGAAUGUCCCCAUCGAUGAUUACACGAACCCGCAACAACUCAUCGAAGGUAUGCAGAACCUCUGGUCCGCCUAUUGGGCGUACUGGGGGUCCGCGACGGCGCGCACGCCUACCACAUCCGGGACCGACGCGCUCACCGCGAACCUCAGCUUUUCCCGUCCACGCGUCGUCCAAGACCGCCCGACAACGCACAUCGUGCAAGCCUUCCUGGGUGCGCUCCUGGUCUGCUUGAUCGUGAGCGCAGUGAUGGCCAGGGGCGCGGGGUCGGUGCUUCUCAAGGCGCCGUACUCCAUCGCAGCGCAGAUGAGCCUGCUCGAAGGCAACAGGUUGGUGGACGACGGCGUAACGAGCGUCGUAGCGUACAGCCCGCAGGACGAACGGAGCACGAUCCGGCGGCGGUGGCCAGAGAAUCAUCUGGACGGGUACUGGUUCAAGCUGGGAUGGGUAGACAUUUCUGAAGGGAUGCGAAGAUACGGGGUAGACGUCGUUCCUCGGCCAUAA